AUGGCAGAAAAAAUUGUAAAGAAGUUAGAUGUUCUAAAUGAGCAAGCAAAUACAUUUUUGGCCAGAAGAAUAAAGAAAAACACUCUUCAGAGUUGCGUAAAGAAAAAGACUCCUAUUAAACCCCUGACAUUUGAUUUUCAGUUGGAAUAUGAAGAGGCUAUUAUUGCUACACCCACAUCUAUGACGGUAUCAAAGAGGAGAGAAGAUAAGUCACAUGGUAUUAAAAAAACUAAAAGGCAUGUCUCCUUCAAAAAUAAGCCUGAACCUAGAAAGAGUGAUUUUGAAAAGUUAAAUUUAAGACCACACUUUGUACCAACAAAUAUAAAAAAUCAAGAAAACAAGUCACUAGCUCAAACUGAAAAAAACCCUGAAGAACCAUUUAAUUUGGUUGGUGACUUAGAAGAUUAUGUAAAUAAAAGAAAAUCUCCUCCACAGAUGAAUGAUUUUAGUACAAAAGAAAGUAAACCUGUCAGAAAUGAUCCAUUAAGUGAGAAUUGUUCAGUAGGAAAGAAAAGCUUGCUCCCCUUAUGCUUUGAGGAUGAACUGAAGAAGCCAAAUGCCAAGAUAAUCAACAUUAGUCCAGCAAAGCCAGUAACUUCUCACACGGGACAAAAUGACACAAAUCCCAUAAUUUUCCAUGAGACUGGAUAUGUACAAAUGUUACUUUUAACAAAAAAUAGGCUUCUUCCCCAUCAUAUGGAAAAUAGAAACAUUUACCCAUGUAAAAGAGCAAAUUUUGCUUUAGAAAGAAAUCACGAAAUUCUCAAAUCUUUAAUUAAUAAUCAAUUUAUUACUUCUUCCAAACCUAAAAGAACUAUGCCUACAGCAUGGAGGAACUGUAUACAAGCAAUAUCUUUUGCAGCGGGUCAUAGAAUUGUAGAAGAUAAACUAAAGAAGAAAACUACUAUGCAAACAUCCAAAAACAUAUCUCGGAAUAAACUCUAUAAUUUCUCAGAGACUUUUUCCUGCCUAACAAAAGAAUUUGUAGGUUUCCUUAGUAAAACUGUUACUCAUGAAACAAGUGCUAAAACUGGCAAAUUUGAAAGAAUGAGCAAAGUCAGUUCCUUCCCUGUCAAAUGUUGUUCAAAGCCUUUUAAAAAGGUACUCAAAAUCCAUAAAUUACAUAAUGUAACUCCACUGGACGAUUUGUUAAGCUUACCAAGUAAAAAUUAAAUGCCUCAUAAAAUACUGUUUACAGCAAUACUUGGGUAACAAGAAGCAAAUAACAAAGUUUCAAGAUCAUAGAAGAAAUUCUUAUCUAAAUAGUAAUGUUCUAAUGGAUGAUAUAAGGAAGCAAAGCAUAGAAAUUGGAGUUACAAAUCAACAGUAGUCUGUUUAAGAAAAAUCAAUGUUUUACAAAACAAAAGGACAAAAUUAGGAAAUAAGUAUCAACAAGAGGAACUAGUUCAUGAAUUAUCCCAAUUAGUUCCUCAAUCACCAGCAUUCCUACAGUCAAGUUUGAUUUGGACCAAGAAUGUGAUGGACUGAUCCUGGAAAUUCGCUAUUGGAAGCCAAAUAACAUCAACAACCUUGCUCUAAAAUUAAAUAUAAAAUAAGACAAAGGUACCAUUAACCUGAUCCAUGUGGAAUUAAUCAUAUCGGCAUUUUGGAUAAUCAUUGUAUUUUACAUUAGCAAUUCAUGCAAUUAAAAAGGCUUUGUAAAAUUUCAAAUAGUUUUUUUUGGUUAGUAAAUGUUCAAACUUCAUUAUUGUAAAAUGCCUUUUUCAAGUAUAACUUGGACUUUUUUCUGAAUUGUUAAUUUAAAAGAAUAACUUAUCCUUCAUAACUAAAUUUUUUUAGCAAAUCCUAUAAAGUAUGAAACAUUUUAAACAUAUUAUUACAUUGCUAUUUCACUGUUUCUCAUUAACUUCUCAUUAACCUGAACAGUAUAUAGGCAGAACUCAACUUAGAAACAAGUUGCCUUCCAAAAGUUCGCUUGUAAUCCAUUUGUUAAAGGACUUUUUUUUCUGAAAAAUCUUAACUGUGAGUAGUUGAGGAGAAGUGGAUUUAAAAAAUUAGAAGCAUUUCAGUUCGACGAAGGCUUGGGGGGGGGGGUCUUUGGAAAACUUUCAAAGGUGAGGCGAUAAACUUGUUCAGGUUCCUCUGUUUCCACUUCAGACUGGACGUUUUCCUUCUUGUGUGUCAUCAAUGCUACUCUCAAGUGUGUCUUCACAAGCAGAGGCAACAUUUGGCUCUCAAAGAGAAUGAUGGAGAGAAAAUGGAGAUGGAAGGGGGAGGGAGGAGUGUAACUGGAGACUAAAUGACGGAAGAGCAGAAGAAAAGGCUUCAGGAUGAGGCGUGCUCAGGUGUGCUGGAGGCUGGGGAGGAGCACACGAGCUCUCCUGGCUUGUCUGCCUCUCUUCUGGUUGCUGGCUGGGGAGAAGCAGCAGCCCCAGCUCCAAGUCUGAAGCCACCUUUCUCUUUGUCUAACAAACAGGGAUUGACACUCCUGUUCUCUUUAUUGCUAUUAUCUAUGCUCCCUUUACCCCCAGACUACCCCUAUUUUCCCUCCUCCCAGGCUCACUACAAAGCAGAACAGUUUUCCUAACUGCCCUGCUGGUUCAGGAGAUAAAACACAAACUCUUUUUCAUCACUAACAAUACAAAUGAAAAGAAAUAGAAAAUAUACCUAAUAAUAGCACAGUAAUGAUGGUCAUUUUUCCCUCCUGGUAUUCAGUAUAAGAUAAACAACUAUGGGGCUUAGAUUUGGGCAGAUGUGAAUGAACUUGGGCAAAUAAUGUAAACUAUCUGAGCCUCGCUUUACUGUAUCCCCUCCUUAAGACGGGGACAGCAAUGCCUUAUUACAGUAUUAUUUUUGGGAUUAAAAAAAUAAUGUGAAGUACCUUGAGUAUGAUAAACAUCCAUUAAAGAUUCCUUUCCUAUUCCUACCCUUCCCCCUGCUCUCUUUUUACUUUAUUUGACAUGCUGAAAUGUAUUUCUUUUUAAAAAAUCACCAUUUAUCCCCUCUAUGCCCUCUUGCCCCUGCUCUUAAUGUCUAAGUAAAACAUUUUAAAAGAUGUUCCUCAAAGUCUCUUAAUUCAAUCUUUUCUAAAAUCUAACUACAGUAUUUAGACUUUUGCCUAAAGUAGAUCCAAAUUAAAACAGG